AAUGCUGAGAAAGCAAACGGCUUCAUGGGAAAUCGAGCUUUCUAAGCAAGUCGAAGAUUACUCGUUCAUUCAGCCAGUAUCCCAACAAUGUCGUCCAACGCUCACUUCUUGACACUGGAUCCCGAAAUCGCUCCUCUUAUUGCCCAGAUGCCAAACAGGCCUCAGAAUCUUACUAUCGAAGAGCAGAGGGCUGCCCUGCAUGCCAGGUUUCUACAGUUCCAAGAACGAAUGAAACCGGAGCUGCCUUCCGACUCCGAAUAUCAAGUUCAGGAUCAUCUUGUACCUGUGGACAGUGGCGAAAUUAAAGUACGCUGUGUCAUGCCGAUUUCAUCUGGCCCUCAAGAAACAGGGCCGUUUCCGCUCCUUGUUUGGUAUCAUGGUGGAGGAUAUUGUCUUGGUUCAAGCGACAUGGAUGAUUUUUACUUGAGAACGGUUGCGGUGAAGAACAGGGUUGUAGUAGUGAACGUCGACUACAGACUGGCUCCACUCUUCCCAUUCCCUACUGGCGUGAAUGACGCAUACGCUGCGUUGAAAUGGGCCGCAGAGAACGCGACGCAGUUGUCAGCAUCACUCUCGCGAGGGUUUAUUGUGGCCGGGCAAUCCGCGGGAGGAAAUUUCUCCGCUUCGGUUGCACUCCAAGCUCGCGACGAUCCAUUCUUCGCCGGGCGACAGUUGACAGGACAACUGCUGCAAAUCCCUCAGGUAAUUCAUAUAAGAGCUCAGCCUGAGAAGUACAAAACUGAGCUUUUGUCUAUGGACGAAGUGACGGACGGCCCAUAUCUUUCGAAAAAAGACGCUGAACGCUUUUCUGAGCUCUACCAGGCAGAUCCUUUAGAUCCUCGAUACUCUGUCCUGCUGGCGCCUAGUCAUUCGGGCCUUCCACCAGCGUAUAUUCAAGUCUCAGGAUUGGAUCCACUCCGCGACGAGGGAAUACUUUAUGAAAAGGUCUUGAGGGAAUCAGGGGUCAAGACGAAGCUCGAUGUGUAUCCCGGAUUGCCGCAUGGAGGACACAUAAUUUUCCCUACAACCUCUCUAUCUGCUAAAGUGAACCAAGACUUCAAUGCCGGCCUCCAAUGGCUUCUGAAUAGAAGCACAUAAUAAGCAUUUGUAGAUGAAAGAUGCCCGUAGAAACUCUCCACUAGUAUUUACGUGACGGUCCUCCAAAGACUAGGAGUACGUUGAUUGAUGUUGCGACAGAUUUAGAUGUAUAUUAGUGCCUACCAUAUCGUUCAAGCAUGGGAUCUGUCUU